AUGGCCCUCAAUAUCCCGCAGCCUGAGCAAUAUACUCUUCCCUCCACUGCGCAUGUCCCUAACAGUCCGAUGCCAGUUCUGGUAUACAGAAAUGUGCUUCCGAUGCCAAGGACAAUGGAAGUUACGCAGGAGUUUAUUGAGAGCCAUGGAUGGUCCCGACAGGGCAUAGUUUGGCCUGCAAUAUACACGCGACACUUUCAUCCAAAUGUUCAUGAGUGUUAUGCUAUCCUAUCAGGUCAUUCUGAAGUGUUGAUGGGAGUGGGAAAGUUGGAUAACGCCAACGGCCAUAAACCAGAGGACCAUGAUUCUGAAGAAAUCGGGUUGUUUUUGACGCUGAGAGAAGGCGAUGUGAUUGUCCAUCCUGCUGGUACGGGGCACGCGAAAAUCUCGGAUGAGAGGGAUUAUCGAUAUCUUUCGUUCUUUCCGAGCGGCUCACCGCGCUGGGUGUCAUGCAAUGGAGACACCGAGUUGGACCGCGAUGAUCCAUUGGCAGAGACGAUGGCAGUGCCCACGCCCCCAGAUCCAGUCUUGGGCAAUUAUGGGCAUCUGAAUGCUUUAUGGUCAGGGCCAAGGAGGGCCUAUUUUUCCAAAGCUGGCUCCAAAGCUGGCAAAUGUAGUUAG